CCUUCACAUUGUACACAAGCACUAUCAACUAUCAACACAUCCAAUUCACCGUAAAGAAAAUGUCACUCUUUUCCAAUAGUAUCUUUGGUCGAAGAAGAUCAAAAUCACCACAAGAUCAUCAUCAUCAUCAUCACCAAUCAAGGAACAACCACCCAUCACACCAAACCCAUGGUUAUGAAGUUUCUCAAACCCACACACCCCAUAUAACACUACCACCAAAUUUCCACGAGCCAUCACCAAUUGUCGACACCAUUGACAUAGAGUGGAAAGAAACCCCUGAAGCUCAUGUUUUCAAAGCACAUCUUCCGGGGAUGAAACGAAGCGACGUGAGAGUUGAAGUUGAUGAUGACAGAAUGCUAUGUAUCAUUUGUGAGAAGAGUGUCGAAAUGGAAGAACAAAGUGGUGGAUGGCACCGUAUUGAGGUUGCUAGUGGUCAUUUUGUUCAGCGUCUUACUUUGCCUGAAAACUCUAAGGUUGAUCAUGUUAAGGCUUAUAUGGAUAAUGAUGUGCUCACUAUUAAUGUUCCUAAGAAUAGAGUUGUCAACAAACGUGUUAGGAAUGUUCAAGUUUCUCAUGUUUGAGAACUUAAUUACCACCGUGUCUAAGUGUAGUGAGA